CUUCUCCGUUGAAUUCGGUGGCAGGUAAACGUGAAAGGAAAAGAGGGCUUGGGGGCAAGUAACUAAGCGAACAGAAGGCGCAAUGAUCUGAGCAGCGGGUAUAAGAUAAGGGUGCUGCCCCCAAUUCCGUCUUCCCCAUCGCCGAGGUCACUACUGGGAAGGUUUGAAAGAAUAAGCUUGACAUACUGUGGUCAGCCAUGUCAAAGGGAUGCAAUGUAUUGAAUUCAAUUUUGCGGCAUGUGCCAUCAGAAAGUGGCAAUACUAAGGGUGAAUCACUUUCAGAAGAAAAGGACAUGGGACUUGUGAGGGAGGCUGGCUGUCUGUCCAUAAUUGUGCUUGGUGCUUCAGGAGAUCUUGCGAAAAAGAAAACAUUUCCUGCACUUUUCCACCUUUUCCUUCAGGGAUUCCUGCAGGAGGAGGAUGUACAUAUAUUUGGUUAUGCCAGGACAAAGCUUUCAGAUGAUGAUCUUAGAGCACGCAUCCGUGGAUAUCUACAGAAAGGUGUUUCAGCUGAGCAAGAGGAUGUUCUGUCAAGGUUCUUGCAAUUGAUUAAAUAUGUCAGUGGUUCAUAUGACAGUGCAGAUGGCUUCCAACUAUUGAACAAGGCAAUUUCUGAGCAUGAGAUAUCAAAAAAUAGCCAUCCAGGAAUUUCUCGCAGGCUAUUUUACUUGGCACUUCCACCAUCUGUUUAUCCUUCUGUUUGCAGAAUGAUAAGACUAUAUUGCACAAAUACAUCUGAUCUUGGUGGGUGGACUCGCAUAGUUGUUGAGAAACCUUUUGGAAAGGACCUUAAUUCUGCAGAAGAUUUAAGCGCUCAGCUUGGAGAGCUAUUUACCGAAGAACAGCUGUAUCGAAUUGAUCACUACCUGGGAAAGGAGUUGGUUCAGAACUUGCUUGUACUGCGGUUUGCAAAUCGAUUAUUUUUGCCGCUUUGGAAUCGUGACAACAUUGAUAAUAUACAGAUUGUGUUUAGAGAAGACUUUGGAACUGAAGGACGAGGAGGAUACUUUGAUGAAUAUGGAAUUAUUCGUGAUAUCAUUCAAAAUCAUUUGCUGCAGGUCCUUUGUUUGGUUGCUAUGGAGAAACCUGUUUCACUUAAGCCUGAACACAUUCGGGAUGAGAAAGUGAAGGUUCUUCAGUCUGUGCUACCCAUAAAACAUGAAGAGGUAGUCCUCGGACAAUAUGAGGGCUAUAAAGAUGACCAAACUGUGUCUGACAGCUCAAACACCCCUACAUUUGCUACUGUUGUUUUACGUAUACACAAUGAAAGAUGGGAAGGUGUCCCUUUUAUAUUAAAGGCAGGAAAAGCUCUGGACAACAGGAAAGCUGAAAUUCGUAUUCAGUUUAAGGAUGUUCCUGGUGACAUCUUCAAAUGUAAAAAGCAAGGGAGAAAUGAAUUUGUCAUUCGCUUGCAACCAUUAGAAGCCAUGUAUAUGAAGCUAACACUCAAGAAACCUGGAUUGGAAAUGUCAACAAUACAAAGUGAAUUAGAUUUAUCCUAUGGGCUAAGAUAUCAAGACGUCAAAAUCCCAGAGGCAUAUGAGCGGUUAAUCUUGGACACAAUAAGGGGUGACCAGCAGCACUUCGUGCGCAGAGAUGAGCUGAAAGUAGCAUGGCAGAUAUUUACACCUCUUCUGCACAGUAUUGAUAAUGGAGAAUUGAAGCCUAUUGCGUAUAAACCGGGAAGCCGUGGACCAGAAGAGGCGGAUGAAUUGCUAGCCAGAGCAGGGUAUGUGCAAACACACGGCUACAUAUGGAUUCCACCCACCCUAGAAUAGCUUCUUUUAUAUGAAUGUACUUUAUAUGAGAAUCAACUGUUGCUGCAUUAAGGGCGUAUCUAAUGUUUUAUGCCUCUCGCUUGUACUCUGCCGUGAUCAUGUUUUGGAAUAAAUGGAGUUGUUUGUCUCCA